AUGGAACUAGAAAUAGAGCAAUUUGAGGAGUACAUUGGAAGAGGCGAUUGUGGAAACACGCAGUACGCCUCUCGAAAAUCGACCGCGACUUCCCCGCAUAGCCCUAAGCAAGCGGAAUCGGGCUGUCGUGAGGGCUCUGAACCCAAUGCUGGUGACCUAUUUGGAAGCCAGCCGCGACCUUUGCGAGACGGACUCAAUUUUUUUGGCGCCGCGCUGGCAGUCUGCCGUAUCAUAGGCGCCAAGGUUUCCACGGCUGGACGCGCUACUGGCUAUAGUAGCGCUAUCCCAGCAUGGAGAAGAAGAAUCGAGAAACGUAUCGCAAAGACUAGAGCUCUCAUCGGCAGACUGAUAAGCUUCAGAUCAGGCAAUAACAGGCCAAGAAUUGUGCGCACCGUCAGGAUGGCGUUUGCUGGGACAAAUGUCAGUUUGUCCCAGCCGGAUAUAACGCAAAAACUGACGGAGCGCAUAGACGACCUGAAGCAGAGAAUCGCUGCUUGGGGAAAGCGAAUUGGGCGAUAUACCGAGAGGUCGACACGGUUCAACCAGAAUCGUCUCUUCCAGAGUAAUCAGAAGAGGCUCUACAAAUCAUUGGAGCGACUAGUGGUAAGUGGAACGGGCCCAGUACCGAAUCAGGCCGACACUGUAGCAUUCUGGCGCGGCCUGUGGUCAGAGCCCGUAAACCACAGCGAGAGCCCUUGGACGGAAGUUGUGGCGAGUCAGUGUGCGGGUAUUAUGCCGAUGGACCUCGUCAUCAUAACGCCGGAUGACGUAGCUGAGGCGGUCCGUAGGGCCACGAACUGGAAAAGUCCGGGGCUUGACGGGCUGCAUCACUACUGGCUGAAGGGGUUCAUGGUGUGUCACACUGUGCUCGCACGACAGUUUCAAGAGGCUCUCAACCAGAAGUCGCUCCCGAGCCUCUUCACUACUGGGAUCACUCAUUUGGUUCCUAAAGUACCACAGACCCGAGCAAAUACCGCCCCAUCACGUGUCUACCGACCAUAUACAAGACACUAA